AUGAGGUUGAGAUACUUGCUAUUUAUUUUUAUAUUAUUCAUCUUAGGAGACGUCUAUGCAGAAGAGAAGCAGUGUGAUCUUCCUGCCGUGGAAAAUGGAAGGAUUGCCCAAUAUUAUUAUACAUUUAAAAGCUUUUACUUUCCAAUGGGUAUAAACAAAACACUAUCAUUCUUUUGCCUGGCUGGCUAUGCAACCGAAAGUGGAAAGCAAGAAGAGAAAGUCAGGUGUACAGCAGAAGGCUGGUCUCCAAAGCCAAGGUGCUUCAAAAAAUGCCUGAAGCCUGUCCUAAGGAAUGGUUAUGUCUCCGAUGGGAAAGUCCUGUACAAAAUUCAAGAGUCCAUGCGCUAUGGUUGCACUUCGGGAUAUAAAACCACUGGAGGAAAGAAUGAGGAGGUGGUCCAGUGUCUUCCUGAAGGAUGGUCUUCUCCACCGUCCUGCAGGAAGGAGCAAGAGACGUGCUUGGCCCCUGAGUUGUAUCAUGGGAAUUAUUCCACGAUACAGAGAAUAUUCAAAGUGAAGGACAAAGUGCAAUACUCCUGUGCUGCUGGCUACUACACCACUACGGGGAAGCAGUCUGAGGAAGCAGAGUGCCACGCACACGGGUGGUCUUUCACACCACAGUGCAACAAAUUAAUGUGCUCUUCUUUGAGAUUAAUAGAAAAUGGCUACUUUCAUCCUGUAAAGCAAACCUAUGAAGAAGGAGAUGUAGUUCAAUUUUUCUGUCAUGAAAAUUAUUAUUUAAGUGGAUCUGAUUUAAUUCAGUGCUAUAACUUUGGCUGGUAUCCAGAAUCUCCCAUAUGUGAAGGAAGAAGAAAUCGAUGUCCUCCUCCGCCUGUGCCUCUACAUUCCAAAAUUCAACCACAUUCAACAACUUACCGCCAUGGGGAAAGAGUGCGCAUAGAAUGUGAACUUAAUUUUGUGAUUCAGGGUUCAGGAGAACUACUCUGUGAAAAUGGAAAGUGGACAGAACCUCCCAAAUGCAUUGAAGAGAAAGAGAAGGUAGCCUGUGGACAACCACCCUCCAUUGAAAAUGGCGCUGCACAAACACACUCCGAGAUUUACUUCAGUGGAGAUAAAGUGACAUACAGGUGUGAAGGGGGCUACUAUCUCCGGGGAUCAAGUACAAUAACUUGUAGUCGUGGCCAGUGGACGCUGCCACCUGAGUGUGUUGAAAAUAAUGAGAAUUGUAAGCCUCCACCUGAAAUAGCAAAUGGUGCUGUUGUUGAUGGGUUACUGGCAAGUUACACAACAGGAUCCUCCGUGGAGUACAGAUGCAAUGAGUAUUACCUAUUGAGGGGAUCAAAGGCAUCUCGCUGUGAACAAGGAAAGUGGUCAUCUCCACCAGUUUGCUUGGAGCCAUGCACUAUUGAUGUGGAUCACAUGAACAGAAACAACAUACAGAUGAAGUGGAAAUAUGAGGGCAAGGUUUUACAUGGAGACCUAAUAGAUUUUGUGUGUAAACAGGGAUAUGACUUGUCUCCGACAACCCCACUGUCUGAGGUGUCUGUGCAGUGCAAUAGAGGAGAUGUGAGAUACCCCGUGUGUGUUAGAAGAGAAUCCAAAGGGAGGUGUGCAUCUCCUCCGGUGAUAAGAAAUGGAGACAUUGUUAGUUCAGCAGCCAGCACCUAUGAAAACGGCUCCUCAGUAGAAUACCGGUGUUCUGAGAACCAUUUCCUGCAAGGGUCCAGGGAGGCCUAUUGUGUAGAUGGAGUGUGGACCACACCACCGUUGUGUUUAGAACCUUGCCCAUUGUCGUUUGUUGAAAUGGAUAAGAAUUAUUUACAGCUGAAAUGGAAUUUUGACAAUAGACCACUCAUUCUCCAUGGCGAGUAUAUUGAAUUUAUGUGUAAGAGAGAUGCAUACAUAACUGAGACAUCUAUUAGUGAGUCUGAACUUCGAGUGCAGUGUGACAGAGGAAGGCUGAAAUAUCCAAAGUGUACUCCAAGAUAA